AAGUGUCGGGAUUCUAAAUCGGAUAUGGGAGAGGCCCCACCGCGUCCCGGGUUCACACCUGAUCCCUAUGGUGAUGCCGAAGACAACAAUGAAAAGGCCCAGGCCGUGGAAUGGAUCCCCGACGUGACGGUUCUCCAUAGAAUGCUUCAGGCGGGUAAAGAUGAGCACGGAAAUCCCUGGCCGCCGCCGCUGGUUACCGAUACCAAUAGGGAGCUGUGCGAACAGAUUGGAGUCUUUGGCGGUCAGAACGAUGAUAACCGUGUCGCCCUUAACGCCAUCCCCAUGCGGGGGAAGGACUUGUUGGGCAAAGGCAUCGACUAUUCUAGUACCAGGAUGAAGCGAGCUCCCCGAGUCUUGUGUAUGGUGUACACAAUGGAAAACAAUCACCACACGAACAUUCGGGCGAUCCGGGAAACCUGGGGGCCUGGGUGCGAUGGUUUUCUGGCAUUUUCAACUCGAGACGAUCCGCGGUUGCCGGCAAUCUCCCUCCCCCACGAUGGAGAAGAAGCAUACGGCAAUAUGGUGAGUACGGGUGUUAUCGAUGAUGUAUUUUCAGAUUAAUUGUUGUGUGACCUCGUACAAACUUAUGUUUUCCGUUGGUCUUACUCAAAAUUAUUUCUUGUGGCAUUUUAUCUCUCUUUCUCGACUUGGUCGCUUGGGAAAUUAUUUCAUGUAAUGCCAUGAUUUUUUUAUGUGUGGUACGCUGCAGUGGCAGAAGGUCCGAUCGAUUUGGAGAUUUGUCGGUACCCACUACCUGGAAGACUUCGAUUUCUUCUUCCAGGGGGGAGAAGAUUUGUACGUCCUGCCGCAAAACUUGCGAUCGUAUUUAGCCGACGCUAUUGAUGAUCCUAACACCCAAGACUUCUUCGGCGGACGACGGUUCCAGCAAGGUAGCCAGAAUAUCUUCUUCAAUUCAGGCGGUGCUGGCUACGCAUUGUCUCGCGCUACGCUGCGAAAGCUGAUCGACACGGGCCUCGAUCACCCUGGAUGCUUCCCCGACAAAAAGUCUUCGAUGGAAGAUGUUUUUAUCGCACGCUGCCUGAAGGACGUCUUUGAAAUCGGUCUGGUUGACACGCGCGACGAGAAGGGGCGCGAACGGUUUCAUCCUUUUUCGCCAGGGUCCCACUAUACCUGGGAGCCACCAACCAACGGAAAAAGAGACUGGUACGAAGCCUACAACAGGCUGUGGCCGCCAAAGCUCAAGGAGGAAUGUUGCGCCCCCGACAGCGUCUCCUUUCACUACAUGAAAAAGCCGGCCAUGGUGCGGCACGUUCACGCCCUGCUAUAUAAUUGUGAUUAAAACCAAAAAAUCAAAACGCAUCAAGGCUGUCGAUAAUGAAUGCAAGAAGACAGU